AUGUAUAUAGUGCAAGAAAGCGCUGAAAAUGCUCUUCUCCCUGCUGAAAUCUUGACAGAAAUCUUCAAAAAGUUGUCGAAUGAGACACUGUUUACUUGUUUAAGUGUCUGCAAGACUUGGUUUCAUCCAGCAGGUCAGGUGUACUAUCGACAGUUGCGCAUAGGCGACAAUAUCAAAAGGAGCGCAGACAUCAAGAAAAUAGUAGAGUACAUUUCCAAGUUCCCAGAUCUAUUGAUAGGCGACAAGGUGAGAACCAUGCAGAUCGAAGGGCAGCGUCAAAUAGGGGGCCGCAUCAUUUCAGGAACAUCAACACCAACUCCAUCAUCUAAAGAAGAGCUACAAGCACUAUUGCAAAUGUGUCCCCAUCUACAAGAGUUGGCAUUCAGCAUCAAUUCAGUUUAUUGGAAGUAUGUCUACGAAAUGGAUCCUCACAUUACCCACAUCAUACGACCUAGGAGGCUUUUCACAGUAGGAAAGCUGCGAUGCUACGAAGAAGAGUACUUUUACAAGGUGGCGCAUCAAUUUAGAUCAUCCAUCAGCGAGCUAGAGAUCUAUUGCUCCUGUGAUGCAUCUAUACAUGAUGGCUUUGGUAGCCUUUAUUCUUAUCUGGCAGACUUUCCCUUGAUGAAAUCAUUAUCCAUCAAGAGCGGUAGUCAGCGUUACAUGGUUUACUUGGAUCAGUUACUGAACUCGUGCAAGCGAUUGAGACAGCUCAACUUUCAAUUAGACCAUCCCUUCUUUGAACGACAGCCUUACAGCGGUCAACAAUCAUGGUCAGAAUACCCAUCUUUGCAGGAGCUCGAUAUAUACCAGUCUACUUUCAACGCACAGCAGCUACAGUACAUUAUCUAUCGCUUCAAAAAUCUCAAAAACUUUACUUUGAGGAUGAAUCAAAUCGAUAUCCACCAGAGAAAGCUAUGGAAAAAUGAACAAGACAAACACUUGAAGUCAGCAAUGCAGUUUUUCAAAAGUGAUUUUAUGGCGUUCCUUGCUCAUCUCAACCAACUGCAUUUGCAUUUCAAUAUUCAUGGACGGUCUUACGUCGAGUACUUGAUGGAGCACUUUUAUCUGCCCUCAUUGUACAGUGGCAAACACAGCUCAGCCUGGAUCGAGGCUUCCUUCGAGGUGAAUCAUGGCAGAACAGAGAGAACACAAAUUGAGAUACAAAAAGGUGCACAAAAGCAAACGGUCAACUAUACAUUUGUAAGGGAUUUUUCAGUGGCAGACCCUACAAUGGAUGAAGAUCUGCAGGUAGAGUCAACUGAACAUUUGCCUUACCUGACACACCUUGAAUCCUACGGAAAGCAUCUCCAACGUCUCCACAUCACCACUACGUCAAAAGCAAAGCACAGAGAGGCAGCUGAUCUUGAUCUUGUCCUUUGUCUCUGUCCUAAUCUUCAGGAGCUAACCCUCAUUGUGGAGAUCUCUCCUGGAGCAUAUUUUUCGCCGGAUGUUUCUCUGAUGAAUCAUCAACAUCCGCCGUCGCAUUGCUGGAAUUAUAACCCCAGAUCGGCUUUGAACUCCAAACUAGCCGCAUUAACAGUGAAAGGGAUUACUAUUACAAGAGAACUUUUACGAGCGAUUGCUAGAAACCAUCCGAGACUAAAAAACCUCUGCUUCGUCAACUGCUUGUCAGAAUCAAUCAUUGAAAAUGAUCCAUUAGCUCAAAGCAGCCUUUCAUUUCACAUGUACGAUCUAUCCAAUUUGCAUCUCGAAUCACUGGUUUUCGACAUUUUCGCUCAUCGAUAUGGCAAGAAGCUUGUUGUACCGAUGGUUUGCAUUGCAAUUGAAAGCGAGGAUAAAUCAUGCAAUUACUACCUUGCCAAACAACAAAAAGAUCCAGUUACAGACGAAUUGUUCAAUAGCAUCUCAACCGCAAUGUAUAAACAACUGAUCACCGACAAGGAAGCUAUACUGACAGUGCUAUGGUUUAAAGUAAAAGCAUUGGACAACUUGGAAUUGCAAGCUGGAAGAAAUCAAUCAUUGAUCAAGAAGAUCCAGCCGAGAUAG